AUGCUGGCUGUCCUGCUGACUGCUCUCCUGGCUUUGGUCUCUGCGCCCAGAACCCAGGCAGUGUGGCUGGGGAGGCUGGACCCCCAGCAGCUGCUGGGGCCCUGGUAUGUUCUUGCCGUGGCCUCAGGCGAGAAGGGCUUUGCGCUGGAGAAAGCCACGAAGAACAUCGAGGGCGUCGUGGUGACCCUGACCUCAGAAAACCAUCUGAGAAUGCUGUCCUCCAGGCACCGGCUGGAGAGCUGUGACGUGAACGUGGCAGAGCUGCUGAGACAGAAGCCCGGAUGGGCGUUUGAGAACCCCUCCCUGGGCGUGUUGGACUACCGGGUGCUAGGCACCAACUUCAGGGACUACGCCAUUGUGUUCACGCAGCUGGAGUUCAAGGACGAGGCCUUCAGCACCGUGGAGCUGUACAGCCGGACGGACCUGGCCAGCCCGGAGGCCAUGCACCGCUUUGCCAGAUGGAGCAAGGGUCUGGGCUUCCUGUCCCAGCAGCGGGCUGUGUUGCAGCAGGACCUCACCUGUGCGCACAAGGCUUUCCGGGUAAGCCGCCUCUCCGAGCAUCACCCCAGACCUACAGCCCAGAGCCUCGCCGCUGGAGCUCGGCAUGCGGCGCCGUGCCCCCAGGACUCGGGCUGCAGCUCCAAAUAA